AUGCAAAAGGCCAUCGUCGUGCAAUCUGUCUCGGAGCCUGUACGGCUUAUAGAGCGACGUAUUCCCGAGCCCGGCGAGAACCAAGUUUUGGUGCAGGUAACAGCUGCUUCACUGAACCCCAUGGACCAGAAAACUCGCGAUGCGGGUUUGUUCUUUAAACAAUCUCCCCAGGUUGUCGCGCAUGACAUCGCUGGCCGAGUGAUAAAACUGGGACCAAAUCAAAAGCCCCCGCGUUUCCAUAUCGGAGACAAUGUCUUCGCACACGCGAGCUUUGUACCGGGGCAGUCUCUAACCGAUUGUGGCGGUCUCCAACAGUUCGCCAUUGUGGAUGCCUGCUAUGCGGCCCAGACUGAUGCAGCGGGUCUCACUGACAACGAGUCGGCCACGAUUCCUGUGUGCGCGAUAGCGGCAUUUAUUGCCUUGUUUCACUCAAGCGGAUUAGGGCUUCCCAUUCCGUCGUCUUCAUUGGAAAACCCUAAAUCCACAUGUUGCUCCGCGGAUGGCAGGAAGGCAAUCCUUGUUAUCGGCGGAGGGUCGAACUGCGGCCGAUUUGCGAUAGAGUUUGCCCGGAUGAGUGGAUUCAGACAGAUCAUUACAGUUGCAGGUCAAAGAUCCGUAGCUGAGUUACAGGAGUUAGGUGCAACACAUGUGAUUGACCGACAAGCUAGUCGUGACGAAAUUAUCCGUCAAGCUCGGGGUAUCGUGGGCGACGAGCUGGUUUACGCUCUCGAUGCGGUGAACAUGGGGUUAGAACAAGAUCUAGGACUUGCUGCUUUAUCAAACUCAAAAAGAGGUUGCUUGAUCACUCUCAAUCCAGUCAACGAGUCGAUCCCUGACCCAACAUUCAUUGGUGAAAAGUUAGCUGGAUAUGAUAGGCGCUUAACGUUUGGAUUCAGCGCACUUUACCCAGAGGUGUCGAAAUUUUUCUGGGAUUUUAUCUCGACGUGGAUCAAGGCGGGUUAUAUUCAUCCUUUGAAAUAUCAUGUUUUGGAGGGGCUAGAUGUCGCGAGAAUUAACCAUGUUUUGGACCAGUAUCGCGAGGGUCACGGGCAAAAGACGGUCAUACGUCCUUGA